AUGUCCUUUGAUGAUCCGAUUCUGGAUGUCAUUCCGUCCCGAGCCGGACACAAGCUCUGCGUUCGACACAAAUUGAUGGCAAAUCAAGAUGUCAACAGUAAGCUUCAAAAGAGCCUCGACAAUCUGCCUGUCUCGGAACGUUCCGCAGUCACUCAUCUCUGGUCAACCUUUUCCACUGCCCCUCAUGCCAAGCGCAAGCUCAUUCUUGAGGGGAUCCUCACCAUGUGCUGCUUCUCUCAACUUUCACACCUGUCCGAUUCCCUGAACCUCAUCAUUCGAGUCGACCCCUUCUCCAUCCUCCCCCGUGAAGUCAACAUGAGAGUUCUAGGUUACCUCGAUGCCAUCUCACUCGGUCGCGCAGCGCAAGUCUCCAAGUCAUGGAAGGCGCUUGCAGAUGACGACUUGCUUUGGCGCCGAAUGUGUGGACAACACAUUGAUCGCAAGUGCGAGAAAUGUGGUUGGGGCCUGCCUCUGCUGGAACGUCGCCGUCUCAAGGUGGAAUUGCAAGAUGGAAGUCCCUCAGUGGCGGUGGGAAUUGGUGAUCAUCAGCAUGGAGACCAUAUGCCCACGACGAUGGUGACGAGGGAACAGGUGUUGGGCAAGAGAGACGUUAAAGAGACGGAGCAUAUUCCUGAGAAUCUUCAGGCUGACUCCGAGUCCUCUGGUGAGAGCAGCAGAAAGCGUCAUAAAACCGAUGCUCGGACAACGACCCAACAUCGUCACUUCUCCAUCCGCUCAGAUUUUUCCCUCGGCUCCUUACAACCUUCACUUCAGCCCGACUCCCGCCUCGAAUCCCGGCUCACUCGACCAUGGAAAGAUGUUUACUGCGAAAGACUUCGGGUUGAACGAAACUGGCGCAAAGGUCGCUGCAUCACCAAAACGCUCAAGGGUCACGCCUCGUCCGUCAUGUGCCUCCAGUACCACACCACUCUCACCAAUCCCUCCUACCCUGUCCUCAUCACUGGCUCAUACGAUCAGACCGUCAAAAUCUGGAACAUGGAGACAGGGACUGUGGUCAAGACCCUCACUGGCCAUACCCGCGCUGUCCGUGCUCUACAAUUUGACCAGAUGCUACUGUUCACCGGCUCGAUGGAUGGAACCGUCCGCAUGUGGAAUUGGCGGGCAGGAGACUGUCUCAGAGUCCUUGAGGCACACACUGAUGGUGUCGUCGCGCUCAAUUACAAUGGGUACCUCUUAGCGACGGGGUCAGCUGAUACCACGAUCCACGUCUGGAACUUUCGCAGUGGUAAUCAUUUCUCACUCCCUGGUCACGAUGACUGGGUCAGCAGCGUCGUCCUAUGGGACGGCAAGACGAGUCCUGGUGAUUUUGAUCCGACCCAAAUGCCUUCAUUUACCCGACACCGCGGCACGUCGCCAGAUCCCACGCCCGGAGCGCCUGAAUUCGAUGCAGGCGCCAUGCUGUUCUCCGCCGGUGAUGAUGGAGACAUCAAGCUGUGGGAUCUUGCGACGAAGGAGUGCGUUAGGGUGUUCAGCGGUCACAAAGCACCAGUGCAGAGUCUCCGUGUAUUGAUGGUCGACACGACGGCGAGUGAGGAGGAGCGGACCGAGCACAAUACGCAGUCGACGCCUAGGAAUUCCAGCCUCUUCGCGCCUGCCUCAUCUCUCACCCCGUCACCUCCUCAGAUUGCCGCCCAGCUAUCGACGGCCGUCCUUCUCCAUUCAAAAAAGUCCUCGCACGGAGAACUCUAUGUGGGAAAACGGGCUGUCCUUGCAUCUGGCAGUCUUGACGGCACAGUCAAAUUGUGGGACAUUGAAAAGGGAACAGAUAGGUCGACCCUAUUUGGACACAUCGAGGGAGUCUGGACUGUGGACAUUGACGCACUGCGUAUCGCUUCGGGCUCUUACGACCGUACGAUCAAAGUGUGGGAUCCUCAGUCGGGCGAUUGUGUACAGACUUUGGUUGGACACCGCGGAGCGGUCAAUACUCUGCAAUUGAGCGACGAUAUGAUUGUCUCUGGGUCAGACGACGGUGAUGUGAUGGUGUGGAACUUUGCACCUACGACGGGGCCAUUGACCCCGCAAUUGACGACUUGA